GAACAGUAUGAACGGGAAUAACCAUUCUCGAUUACACGACUGCACUUCUACCAGCUUGCAGGACACGCUGGUACUGCAGAACACGUGGGACCUAAUGAGAGCCAAUGACAACUUGCUUAAAUCAUUAUUCUUUCCAGUAAUUUUCUCUUUCACAGUCUACAUGGGAUUUUGCUUACCAUUUGUGCUGUUGGACGUCCUCUCACCUAAAAUGACUUUUUUAAGAAAAUACAAGAUACAGCAGCAGAACUACCCUACUUGGGCAAUGAUGCGAACCUGCAUAAUGCGGACAGUCUACAACCACAUUGUCUUUAUUUUUCCAUUGACUGUUGCUCACUGGUACUGGAGACCUGUAAGCUACCCAACACAAGGCCCGGGGCUCGUGAAAGCACUAUUGGAUAUUUUAGCAUGUCUGUUGCUGUUUGAUUUUCAGAUUUUCGUCUGGCAUUUGAUACAUCACAAAGUUCCUUGGCUUUACAAAAACUUCCACAAGGUUCAUCACAAGUAUACAGCCACGUUUGCACUGACCACUGAGCACUCCGGUGCCUGGGAGACGCUUUCCUUGGGAUUCUUCGCUGCCAUCAACCCCUUGCUGUUGAACUGCCAUCCUUUGACAGAAAUGUUGUUCUUUGUUGUCAACAUCUGGCUGUCUGUAGAAGAUCAUUCUGGCUAUGAUUUUCCGUGGUCUACCCAUAGACUCAUACCAUUUGGACUUUUUGGUGGGGCACCACACCACGACGGCCAUCACAUGAAGUUCAAAUUCAAUUACGCACCUUAUUUUACCCACUGGGACAGACUCUUUGGCACUUUGUUGAAAACACCAGUUAAUGAGCACUAAAUGAGCCAACAUGUAGAACAUUUAAGAAGUAAUAUUAAAAUGUUCCUGCUGGCCAGUAACAAUAUGUAUUGAUACUAUAUAUAUAUGUGUGUGUGUGUGUGAGAGAGAGAUAUAUUUAAAAUAUUUAUUUUAUAUUAAA